UAUUGCACAUAAAGUUGGAAGAAGCUAGAAUUGAAUAGUAUCCAUUUUUUGUCCACUGAGAUGGAGAUUGUUCAUGCCCUUUUAGCUUUUCCAUUUGCAGUAGUUAUCUUUCUACUUUCCUGGAGAGCUUUGAACUGGGCAUGGCUGAAACCCAGAAAACUAGAGAAAUGCCUCAGACAGCAGGGCUUCAAGGGGAAUUCUUAUCGUUUCUUGUUUGGAGAUCUAAGAGAGCUGAACAAGUCCCUGAAAGAAGCCAAGUCCAAGCCGCCAUUGAAUAAUCUUUCAGAUGACAUAGCCUCAAGAAUUGUUCCUUACUUCAUUGAUUCCAUUCAAGAAUAUGGUAAGAAUUGCUUUAUAUGGCUUGGGCCAAACCCAAUGGUGUUCAUCAAGGACCCUGAGCUUAUAAAGGAGGUCUUAAAUAAGUAUACUGUCUAUCAGAAGCCGCGUUUCAGUCCCCUGACCAAAUUAUUGGCUGAAGGACUAGCUGCCUCUGAAGAAGAUAAAUGGAAUAAACACAGAAAAAUCAUUAAUCCCGCCUUCCAUGUUGAAAAGAUAAAGCAUAUGUUCCCGGCUUUCUACACGAGUUGUGCUGAGAUGUUGGGCAAAUGGGAGAAGGUUAUGGCUGAGGAAGGAUGUUCAGAGAUAGAUGUGUGGCCUCACCUUCAGCAAUUGACCUGUGAUGCCAUUUCGCGGACAGCUUUUGGGAGUAACUACGAAGAAGGAAGGAAGAUAUUUAAGCUCCAAAUGGAACAAGCAGGGCAUGUAAUCGAGACGUCACGCUCAAUUUAUAUCCCGGGAUGGAGGUUUAUUCCUACUAAGAAGAACAGGAGAAUGGUGGAAAUUGACAGGCAAGUUCAAGCAUCAAUUGGGGAUAUAGUUGACAGGAGAGUGAAGGCAAUGGAAGCUGGAGAAGCUGCUAAGGAUGAUCUAUUGGGCAUUUUACUGGACUCCAAUUUUAAAGAAAUCAAACAACAUGAAAACAAGGAUUUUGGAAUGACUAUCAAUGAGGUGAUUGAAGAGUGCAAGCUAUUCUAUUUUGCUGGGCAAGAGACCAGCGCUGUGUUACUUGUCUGGACUAUGGUCUUGUUGAGUAGGCAUCAAGAAUGGCAAACGCGAGCCAGAGAAGAGGUUUUGCAGCUGUUUGGCAGAGAUAAACCCACUCUUGAAGGAUUAAAUCGUAUGAAAAUCGUGCCGAUGAUUUUAAACGAGUCAUUGAGAUUGUACCCACCAGGACCAACCAUAAACAGGAGGACAAAUGAAGAAACUAAACUUGGGAAUCUAUCAUUACCUUCGGGGGUUCUAAUCUCAAUACCAAUUAUCUUAUUGCAUCAUGAUGAAGAAUUAUGGGGCAACGAUGCAAAGGAGUUCAAGCCAGAGAGAUUCAGCGAAGGAGUUUCAAAAGUGACUAAUGGACAGCUAGCCUUCCUCCCAUUUGGCGGUGGACCGCGAAUAUGCAUCGGCCUAAACUUUACAAUGCUUGAGAGUAAAUUGGCGCUAGCUAUGAUACUGCAACGCUUCACCUUCGAGCUCUCUCCAUCAUAUGCCCACUCUCCCACCACUGUCAUCACUAUUCAUCCCCAAUAUGGUGCUCCCCUGGUUUUCCACAAGUUGUAAUGGGCUUGUUUUAUCAGCGGUUAGAUUUUAGCGGUAGCGGAUUGUGUUAGCGGUUAUCAAAUAGCGGAUUGUAUUAGUCGGUUUGACCAGUGGAUUGUAUUAGCGGUUUGUAAAAAGAUGUUUUGGUAAAAUUAGCUGUUUAGAUUA